AGGAGGUUAUCUUGCUGGACUCUGCCUGUGUUUUACGCCCCUGCAACUGCCUACUUCGACGAACGGCUCUAUCAGCCUAGCCUGGACCCCCCAUUAUGUCAGACUCCUCAGAAACAACCGAGCCAAGCGGUGGCGAGAACCUGCCCAAGCUCAGCAAAGAGCUCACAAAAGACAGCGACAAAGGCAGUACUAAAGACACCCAGUACUUGCCUCAGCUUGACGAAUCCUAUCAGCAGCCGUUAGUCGACGUCGGACGACGGACGGUGCCUCAACUAGAUAAGGAAGCACAGCAGUAUGGCGCCCAGGGAAAAGGCGGGACCACGAAGAGAAGCAGCGAGAGCAGAAGUCAGAUCUUUGGAAUGCGGGUGCGGACGCUUUUGCUCCUCUUGCUGGCGCUUGUUAUCAUUCUCGGUGUUGCUCUCGGUGUCGGUCUAGGCGUCGGGCUCAAGAAGUCAAACAACAAGUCUGACUCGGUUUCUGGCGGUGCUGCCGCCAGCGGGUCGCAUGCGUCCAGCUCUGCGUCUGCUUCUGCUACUUCUUCAGCCUCUUCCUCUCGAGCAUCCGCGUCUGGAUCUGGUCGGUCAGGCAGCAGUUCUGCCGUCUCCAGCACCAGGAGUGCAUCCUCCAGUGCCAUAUCCGGAUCGAGCACUGCGUCUAGAACUUCUUCGAGCGCUGCCGCCGCCAGCUCGACUUCCGUAGCCGACUUUGGAGUUCUCGCUAUCCGUUCGGGAUCGCCUGUUCAGUACUCGGCCUUGUCUGUAAAUGGAGAUGGAUACCUAUACUUUGGUGCGGAUACAGAUAUUACGACGUACCUCGACAACGGUAGCCUCAAGAUCCUAGACGACGAUGACUCGAUCAUCUGGGUCGAUGCCGAUACACACGCUCUUAGAUACGGCAGUAGUGCACCUUCAAAUUCAACCUAUGUUACAUGGGCAGUAUCAGACACUUCGCUCGAGCUCAACGGCGAGAGCUACGCUACAUCCUGCGGCGACGACUAUCAAGUCUACUGGGCGACGGACGGAAGUGAUUCAGUGUGUCCGAGCGGCGACACUGCGUAUGGCGUUGAUCUUAUGGUUUCCUAUGCUACUAGCACAUCGUCGUCAUCCAGCAGCGCUGCAGAUUCAUCGAGCAUUACCUCUGCUGCAUCGAGCACGACCUCGUCUGCUGAUAGCUCGAGCUACACACCUGCGACAGAGACCGGCGCGAUUACUCCCAACAUCACCUUGGCGGCUACCAGCGACUCUUUGACCAUCGACGGUCAGAACGUCGUCACGCUCCACGAAGGCGCCGGAAUCUCGUACGCGUUUAUUUCUCUGGACAACGGCGUCACAACGUACGGCUACGAAUCAAACAACGGUACAAUCCGGACGCUUGACGGCACCAGCGGAAUCUACUACUACUUCAAGAUUGUAGAUGGCAUCUUGCAAGCCCAGCUUUCGUACGGUAGCGACGCUACCGUCUUCGGUACCGCUGAUGAUUAUAGCACUCUCACCGUCAACGGUAGCUAUGCAGGAUUUUACGCAUGCCAGAAUACGUCGGACCCGUACGACUACUCCAACAACGACAUCAACUACCAGAUAUCGUAUUUCUCCGAUACCUCCAAUGUUUCUGAUGACUGCACGGCCAUGAACCUGACCUUCAACUACGUGUAGUAGUUGUCAAUGCGCCAGCAAUAAUGA